CCAGAGGAUUAUGCUCAUCCGCGAAAAAAAUCGAAAGAGACGAAAUGACCCUGAGAGAUACGAGGACGUUAUGUCAUCGAACAUCUGCCUCCGAGAGAUUCGUUUUCUGGAAUUCUACAAGGCCACAAGGAAAUGCCGAUAUCUCGCCAAAACUAAUUUAUUCGUAAAUAAAAUUAUACUAAAAGAGAAUGGCCAGUAUUGCAUAGCGAAUCGAGAACAGAGUGAUGAUUUUUUUUUUUAACUAAAACACUGCAGAAGAUCGACUAUAAAAUGACCGGAGCAGCGGAGCUCUUCACUCAGUCCUCAUCUUCUCUUCAACUCUAUAACUUCUCAGUUCAAGAAGACAAAAUUUCCACCAUGAAGACCACGCUAGUUCUUGCCGCGCUCGUAGCAGUCGCCGUUGCCGCUCCUCCAGCUUCCCACGACCAGCACCACGUAGUUAUUCUUAAACAGCAGCUGCACAACAACAUCGGCACUGGAGAAGGUUACGAAUUUUCCUUCGAACAGGACGAUGGCCAAAAACGCCAGGAAUAUGCCGAACCGAUUCAAGUCAUCGCCAAGGACGGAUCAUCUCAGACUGCCUACCGGGUGAGGGGAUCUUACUCCUACCAGCACCCCGACACUAAGCAAGAAUACACAGUCACAUACGUCGCCGACGAGAACGGAUUUGUUGCCGAUUAUCCAAAAAACCUGCACUAAUGUCUUCUUCAUUGAAUAAAUCUUCCACUUCUAGUGAUUA